GAGUGCAUGUGCGGCAGCCACGGCUGCAUAGAAGCCUACUCAUCUGGUCUCGCCCUGCAGAGAGAAGCCAAGAGACUCCAUGACGAGGACUUGCUGUUGGUGGAGGGAAUGACUGUGAAUAACAAAGAACAAGUGAAUGCUAUUCAUCUGAUCAAUGCUGCUCGCCUCGGCAACUCCAAAGCUGAGAGCGCACUUCACACUGCGGGUACUGCUCUGGGUUUGGGCAUUGUGAACAUCCUGCACAUGAUCAACCCGUCUCUAGUGAUUUUGUCUGGUGUCCUGGCAGAGCAUUAUGAGAAUCCAGUUCGUCAGGUCAUCAGUCAGCGCGCUCUGCUCUCGGCACAGGGGACCAAGAUCAUGAUGUCUGAGCUGGAGGAUCCUGCCCUGCUGGGCGCCGCAAGCAUGGUACUGGACUACACCACACGCCGUACCUACUGACGGAGCUCGAAAACCAGGAACCAGUCAGUUACAGACUUAACGACCGAGGGCCAAUCAUCUGUUACGUCAUAGUGGCUCAUAGGAUCAUAGUGGCUUUUUAAGCCUGACGAGAAAAAGCUUUUAUUUUUUUUUACUAGUUUUUAUUAUUUGGGAUCAAAUGCUUGAUGAAAGGUGUGUAAUUUUGAAGAAUAAUUUAAGUAUAUGAAGUAAGGUUUUUAUUUAAUAUUUGAACGGUGGAACUAAGGGGUAUUUGUUACUGAGAAGCUGCUAUGGUGACCUGCUCUGUCUUGCUUUCUGUUAUUUGUGUUUUUUCAUGGAGACAGUCAUGUUCUCCGUUGCGCCUUACUGUAUGUUGAUCUGUUGCCAAUCCUUUUUUGUCUUCAGCACCAUAUGUUUAGUUUUCAUUCAACCUACCUGUAUGAAUAACUGAAAGAAGUUUGUCUGUUUACUCUAAUUUAAUAUUUUAUUUUUGAAUCACAGAAGUUGAACUUGUAAAAUA